UGGCAUCCCAUAAAAUGAAUUGCGCGAAUCGUCGACGUCUCAUGGAAUUUUUCCAUUGAUACCCCCAUAAUCUCAAGCCCUAGAUUUUUUGGUUAGGGCAUGAUAAUUUUACCAAACUCGGUUAUUUGACGCUAGCGCUAGCACCAAUGAGAUUCCUGUAGAAGCUGGCCCGAAAAACCUCAAUUCCUCUCUGGAGACCAAACCUUUUUCAAGCAGUCCACCAUCGCAACACUCGAGAGACAGCUUCCUGGUGUGUAGGAACCUGUCCGUCUCGAUUUCUCAAUUACCCAACUCGAAUUGUUCCCUCGAUAGCAAGGCCUUCUUCGGAGGCACUUGAGUAGGUGGACAAGAUGUCGGCCGUCGCCUCGAAGAACCUUUACGAGCUUCUCGGCAAUGAUCACGAUGAAGACUCCGACAAGGAACCCGAGCCACCUGUAAAGGUCGUUGACAAGCCUGUUGCCAGAACGAAUAAGCGUAAUGCUCCCGCAGAGGCUCCUGCUUCCAAGUCUGCCACACCCCCUCAAGCACGAGGUGGUCGUCGUGGUGGAUUCGCCGGCAAUGAAGGAGCUUUCCGUGAUCGCAAUGCUGGUAGCGCCAACAAUCGCUCCAAGCCCAUCGAGGACGGCGUUCAACAGGAUCGACCUCCCCGAGCUCAAGGUACUUAUGAUGGACGUGGACGCGGUGGGCGAAGCCGUGGUGGUGGCAACUAUGACCGUCACAGCCGAGGCGUUGGAGGCGAAUCCGAGAAGCAAGCCGCGCAUGGAUGGGGUGCUACAGAGGGCGGUGCCGAACUCGCUGAUGAGCAAGCCGGUGAAGCUAUUGCCAAUGCUGAACAAAAGGAGGCCUUGACUGGUGACGGAGAAGCUGCUCCAGCAACCGAAUCCGCUGAGCCUGCUGCUGAGCCCGAGCCAGAGGACAACAGCAUCUCUUACGCCGACUACCUCGCCCAACAAGCUGAGAAGAAGCUAGCUCUUGGUGCUGGUGUCCCUGAACCCCGCAAGCCAAAUGAGGGCAGCAAGCAAGACAAGAAGUGGGCAAAUGCUAAGGCCAUCGCCAAGGAGGAGGAAGAAGACUUCGUCGCUGGAUCUGGAGGCAAGGCCAAGCGUGAGCGUGAGCGCAAGCAGAAGCAGGUUCUUGAGAUCGACCAACGUUUCGUUGAGGCCCCUGAGCGUGGAGGACGUGGUGGCUUCCGAGGCGGCCGUGGUGAAGGACGUGGACGUGGCGGACGAGGCGAAUUCAGAGGCGGACGCGGCGAUGGACGCCCUCGUGGCGGACGUGGUGAGGGCGGCCCACCAAGAGGUGACGGACGUGCUCCUCGUGGCUCUGGUGGAUCUGCUCCUCGUGGCGGCGCUGCAAACCUCAAGAUUGAGGACACAAGCGCUUUCCCAAGCCUGGGGUCAUAGACUCUCUCUCAGAGCCCAAAGUCUCAAAAUGAUCUUCAUAGUGGUGUGAGCUCCUUACGAUAACUCCUUUACAAACGAACGAUCGAGCAAGAAAAUUUGAUUGUGCAUUGGCCGGUGGGUGCAGCAGCAGCUUGGGUGGUGGAUUCUUUGAAAAAAAUGGAAAUGAUAUUGAAAAAAGGGUCCAUGUUAUACGGUGGUUGAGUUUUUCUCUUGAUCUAUCGAAUCAAUGGAUCUCUGGUCUAUUCGCAAAAAAGCAUAGGGGGGAGAUGAUGACUGUGGACUCGUUUGCCUUUCGCCUGUCGGAGGAGGGGCUUUGCAAGCAUCGGCU